AUGUUCGCCGUGGGACAGAAGAUGAUCCGUCGAAAGAAGAACGUCAAGAAGGGUAUCCAGUUUUGCCUGAUGGUUUGCGGCGCCUCAGGAACUGGCCGGACCACCUUCGUCAACACGCUCUGCGGCAAGCCCGUACUCCCGCACAAGGACUCCGAUGAUGCGACUACCGCCCAUGUGGAGGAAGGUGUCAAGAUUAAGCCCAUCACCGUCGAGCUUGAGUUGGACGAAGAGGGAACGCGCAUUUCCCUCACCAUCGUUGACACACCAGGCUUUGGUGACCAGGUCGACAACGAGGCCAGCUUCUCAGAAAUUGUUGGCUACCUAGAGAGGCAAUACGAUGACAUUCUCGCCGAGGAAUCGCGUAUCAAGCGUAAUCCCCGCUUCAGAGACAACCGUGUCCACGCCAUGCUCUACUUCAUCACGCCGACCGGCCAUGGCCUCCGCGAGCUAGACAUUGAGUUGAUGAAGCGCCUGGCACCUCGGGUCAACGUUAUCCCUGUCAUUGGGCGGGCCGACUCUCUGACGCCCUCUGAGCUGGCCGAAUCCAAGAAGCUGGUGAUGGAGGAUAUCGAACACUACCGGAUUCCCGUCUACAACUUCCCUUACGACAUCGAGGAGGACGACGAGGACACGGUCGAGGAAAAUGCAGAGCUCAGAGGGCUCAUGCCAUUUGCUAUUGUCGGCUCGGAGGAUGUUGUCGAGAUUGGUGGGCGCAAGGUUCGCGCCCGCCAGUACCCAUGGGGUGUGGUCGAGGUUGAUAACCCGCGCCAUUCGGACUUCUUGGCCAUCCGCUCUGCCCUCCUGCACAGCCAUCUUGCCGACCUGAAGGAGAUCACCCACGACUUUCUCUACGAAAACUACCGUACCGAGAAGCUCAGCAAGAGUGUUGAGGGCGGCGCUGGAGUUGACUCCUCGAUGAAUCCCGAGGAUCUUGCCUCGCAGUCAGUGCGUCUCAAGGAGGAGCAACUUCGCCGCGAGGAGGAGAAGCUUCGCGAGAUUGAGGUCAAGGUUCAACGCGAAAUCAACGAGAAGCGCCAGGAGCUUCUUGCUCGUGAAUCUCAGCUGCGCGAAAUCGAAGCACGAAUGCAGCGGGAGGCCGCCGCCGCUGCUGCGGCCCAACAAGCCGCGGCUGCUAACCACAGCGAGGCCAAUGGCGCGGAGUAG